UAGUCUGUGGUGCACACUGCGCAGUAUAUUUCUAAUUUCUCUAACCAGCUGAAGCUGAUCUAGCUAUUAUUAGCUAAUCUGUGGAAUGUGGAUUGAAUUCUAAAAUUUAAAAAGCUAAGGUUUCUUGGAAAUAGCUAGUUGAGUUAUAAUCUUAAAAAUACAUUGGUCUUUGAUUCAAAAAUAUUAUCAUGGUGGAGAUGCCAGAAAAUAAACUAGGCGAAAAACACAAGUACAUAAACUAUGCGGUCAGAGAGUCUCUUAAAAAUAAUCUCCCGAUCCAGGAGAUUGAAAAUGAUGAUGACAUGAAAAACAUAAUAAAAAUUGAUGUAGCAAGCAGUAGAAGAGACAUAGAUUUUAUUUUAAAAGUACUUACAGGCAAAGAUAUGUUGUAUAUAUCCCGGGCGAUCAAGCAGAGCAAGUGGCUUGUUGAUGACGAAUUCAGCCAUAUUAUAAACCCAGAAUAUAUUCACAAGAUCCUUAUACCGGAUAUGACUAGUAAAGCCGCAAACAAGCUAUUUAAAUACAUUAAGCUUAACUUAAAAAAUAGCAAGCGAGUGGAAGAUUUCUAUAACUACGAAGAAUUGAAGAAAGCCGCCGACUGGCUGCCAUAUUGUUCCGCUGAAUUCAUCGAAGCUAACUUUACUAAACAUGUAGAACUUGUCGAUAUGAGUCUACUGAGACGUCUGUGUGAGAAAUCUUUUAAAGUUCUUGAAAUUUUUACGGAAUGUGAGAAUGUGUACAAUAAAAAAGAGGGUCUACAGGAAACGAUUUUUCUUUUAAAAAAGGAUCUUGAUCGCUACCUGAAUAUAGUUGAAAAGCUACCUCAAUAUUCUUGUCCAAAAUUCAACAAAAGUUUCACAGAAUUUAUCAUGAAAGAAGCUCCAGAGAGAGUCAUGAAAAAAUAUAAAUUUUAUAGCGAUAACGUUGAAACUGCAGUUUUUGUUAAGCACCUGGAAAGGAAAAACAUAAAGAAGUUUAUAUUAGAAUUAUAUCAAGAUGAUGAAACUAAUAGAUCCUUUUAUAUGAAUGUGUCUAGAAUGAAUAUAUUUAUUAAGGCAAUGCCAGAUGGAGAUCGCUUUGAGUUUGUUAAACAGGUCUACAUAGAUAGAGUGUACAAAGCCGACGAGAGUUUACCGAAACCACUAAGAGACGCAAUGAGUAAUUUAUUUCAAAAUACAAGUACGAGAAUACAUAAACAAUACUGGUAUAGAUUUACACCAUUCAAUUACGCAUUCAGUGAGAUUCAAAAAAAUAUCUACAAAGACACAUCUUGUGAGGAGCUUAGCACAGCCAUAGCAUCUUUAGUGAUUGCUGCUAGUAGAGAAAGAGAUAACUUAUUACUUUUAUUAAAUUACAUUCGUAAAAAUUACAGUAACUGUGCAAAAAAUCUCAAACAAAACAUAGUACAGAGUAUUAUAUCUGAAAGUGAUUUUCACAAAUUUGAUAGGAUCCUGUGGAAUAUUUUUGAGUCUUAUUUGUUAGAAAACAUUAACGAAGAUACAGAUGAAAACAAUUCGUUUAUUGAACCAAUAAUAGUAUAUUAUGCACUGCACGGGCUUCAACUUCCUGGCGUAGUUGAAGAAAAAUUCAAGUUCACUACACUCAAAUCUUAUCAGAAAAAUCUCAGGUUCGACGAAAAGGACAAAGUUUUCUUCUAUCUACAUAAUAUAAUAAUUAAAAAAAUAAAUAGCUAUGUUGUGUCCAAUGAAGAGGAACUAAAAUAUAAGGUUCAAUUAUUAGAAAAUAUUCUUGAUGUAAUAACUGAUUGGUCAAAAGAACUGAACGAUUUCCCGAUCAUUUUGACCCAUGUAAAAGAUAUGUUAAAAUCGAAGGAAGACAACUCCUGGAAAGUUGAAUUCAAUAGUAUUUAUAACAAGAAAAAAUCUUGGCGUAGAUUAUUCUUCAACGAAUCUUUAAAAAUGAAUCCAACCCAACCUGUUUUUAUAAACGCCUUGAAGCACGACCCGGUGUUGCUGCUUUCCGAAUGUAAAAUUAAGGACACCUCAUAUUUUGAUAAGAUAAUAUCCCCUGCAUUAGUGUAUCCUCAACAACUUUUUUUAAAGAAAGUUAAAGUAUAUUGGUUUCAAACAAUUGCCAAAAUAUUUUCUGAUAAAUAUAAAAGUGACCUGAUUAACAUAAAUAACAAUCAAAAUCAUGUUACACGCGCAUUGUGUCUCUUAUUACCUCGAGACGAAUUAAAAGAACUUUUACACAAAUAUGCACCUCAAGAAGAUGCCGUCAUUAAUGAUCUCGAUAGCCUAACUUUAAAUAUACAAAAAAAUUUUGCUAAAUCAAUGCACAUAUCACGUCCGCAACCAACCCCUGAAACGGUUAUGUGUUACCUUAAUGAAGGUUACUUGCCAUACACCCUCCCGUCGCUAUAUGCCAUUUUUUUGAACUUGAAUACAAUAGAAUCACAGAUAAAUAUUCCCAAACUAUUCAAUACAAGAGUGUCUUUACAAAAGCACGGCAUUAGACUAGCAUUCUUAAAACUUAAUCCAGACCAGAUAACAGAUCUUCUAAGUGAAGUUUUAAAGACAACUAAAAAUGUAAGCAUCAGGCACGUUGCGUUUAGUUUAACUCAUAAGUUUUUAUGCUCACAAAAGGAUGCUACGAAAAUACAAAAAACAUGGCAGGUUUUAGAAUCAUUUCUAGAUACUAUUACUUUUAAGGAAAAUAGCGCAGUAUACGACACACUGUUUAAAAUUCAAGACAUUCCCGAUAUUAUUAAGCCUAAAUAUUAUAUUAAAACCUACAAAUUCCUAAAACAAUUAAUAGAACAGGAUGACCAAGAGAAGUACAGAUCAUCUUUCACAAAUUAUUUCAUUGGUUACGCUCGCGAACUUAUUGAAACAUUAUGUCCUAAGUUUAUAACUGAAGUGUUACAGGAGAAUGAAGACAGUUUCAUUCAAAAUAAAUAUUACUAUAUGCCUCUGGUCGAGUUAAUAUCUGCUCACAUGUUAUGCGCAAAAAAUGAGGACGAACAAAUUCAGAAGUACAAUCAAUUUUUGUCGCCAUUGAUUAAAAAGUGUUUUAAGCACUGGGAUGAUGUCGAUGACAGCAAAAAUUACUAUGUUAGAGCUAACUUCAAGUCUCUUCUCGUUCAGUUAUGCAAUGAUUUAAAAAUAAUUGUAUUUAAAAAACACAUGAUAUCGCCAGUUAGAUUAUUCAAACUAAUACAAACAGACAUGGACACGCUGAGUGCAAAAGAAAAUUAUUUAAUUAAAACAAAAUGGCAGCUAACUGUUCUAUUCGUAGAACUGAUCGGAGAGGAAGCGGAGUGGGACACACUCGUAGAGUCCAUAUCAGAAAAAUACUCAAAGGGUUCUAUUGAUAUUUUAAAGAAGCAUUGUAAACAAUAUUUUGAACAGAUAUAUAUUACAUAUUCUAAAGCACUUCAUUCAGUUACGAAUUGUAUCAUGACACAUAAAUUAAUGGUUAAAUUUUGCAAGCAGAUGUUGGAUGAUAAGAGCAACAUAGUUUAUAUGACUGUGAUGAGAUUACUUCAGCGUCACUUUUCUCACUACGUACCAGACGAUUCUAAGAGUGAUAUUAAGGACAUAUGUCAGACAAUUCUCAGUUACGAUUCAACUGAAAUACAAAUUCAUUAUUACCAAUUUUAUAAAAAAUGUCUACAGAGCUAUAUGUGAUAAAAAAUCAGCGACGUUUAUUCUGAAUAAAUAAUUUUUGAUUAAUA